AUGAAGAGCCUCAGCUUAGCCGCGAGGGCUGGUCCCCGUAUCCUAUCAUCUGCUACCGCGCGACCUGCGUCACUGGCAGCUCUGAGAGUGUCGCAACAGAGUGUGCGAUUUGCUUCUGGAGGCUCAGCUGAUCUCAAGAAGACUCCCCUAUACGACUUUCACGUCGCCAACGGUGGAAAGCUGGUUCCCUUUGCUGGCUACUCGCUUCCUGUGCAGUACUCAGGCCUCUCUCUCGCUCAGUCUCACCACUUCACCCGCGAACAUGCCUCGCUCUUUGACGUGAGCCACAUGGUUCAGCACAUCUUCAAGGGCAAGGACGCAGCUGCUUUCCUUGAGAAGGUGACACCUUCGGAUUGGACGAACCAGGGUAACAUGCAGAGCAAGCUGACGACUUUCCUGUGGCCCAACACUGGAGGUAUUGUGGACGACUCGGUUGUUACCAGAAUUGGUGAGGAUACUUACUACGUUGUCACCAACGGCGCCUGUCUCGACAAGGACACCAAGUACAUAGAUGAGCAGCUUGGCAAGUUUGGUGGUGAUGUUCAGUGGACUCGCCUCGACAACUCUGGCCUUGUUGCCCUUCAGGGUCCCCAGAGUGCUGAGAUCCUCAGUGAGGUCCUCGCCAGUGAUGUUGAUCUCUCAAAGCUCUAUUUUGGAAACGCUGCUUGGGCUGAGCUGAAGCUCUCUGACGGCAGCAAGACUCACCCCGUCCUUAUCAGCCGUGGUGGAUACACUGGCGAGGAUGGUUUCGAGAUCUCUUUCAACGGCAAGGACUAUCCCGCUUUCGAGACAACAACGCCUGCUAUCCAGUCUCUCCUCAGUAAGGCUGGCCCUGAGCGUCUGCAGCUCGCUGGUCUCGGUGCUCGUGACUCUCUCCGUCUCGAGGCCGGCAUGUGUCUCUACGGCCACGACCUCGACGACACCACAACACCCGUCGAGGCCGGUCUGAGCUGGAUUAUUCCUCCUGCCCGUCGCGAAUCCGGUGGCUUCCAUGGAGCGGAGACCAUCAUCCCUCAACUCACACCUAAAAGCAAGGGCGGAGCAGGAGUCAGCCGCCGCCGUAUCGGCCUCGUCGUCGACGGUGCCCCCGCCCGAGAGGGUGCCGAGAUCCACAAGGACGGCGAGAAGAUCGGAGUCAUCACCAGCGGCGUGCCCAGCCCCACGCUCGGCAAGAACCUCGCCAUGGGCUACAUCAAGAGCGGAAACCAAAAGGUCGGUACUGAGGUGGAUGUUGUUGUCCGAGGAAAGGCACGCAAGGGUACUGUGACCAAGAUGCCUUUCAUCCAGACCAAGUACUGGAAGGGCACUGCACCUGCUUAG